GGAAGCCUCCACGAGAAAGUAGCUUUUGCAUUACGAAAAGUGUGCGCCAUUGCUUUCACGAUCGUACUGGCGUACUUGACAGAAUUAACGUACAGAUAUGUCACCAACACCUGCUAAAAGACCUUACUCUGCAACAGUUCCAGAGCCUUUCACUGGAGAACCUUUUCAGGGGACAACAAUCGUGGUGAUUCAUCCUGGGUCGGCUUAUCUCAGACUGGGCCGUGCGUCGGACGUGCUCCCCGUAACCAUUCCUCAUGUUAUUGCCAGACGGAAAAGGAGAUCAGAUCUGCCACAUUACGAAGACCCAAUGUUGCCAGGGGUCGACAGUCAAGACAAGACUCCAGGUUUGCUAGAUCAGGGCAUAGAGUUGGCAGAAGACAUGAUGUGGGCGUGUAAGACUGACACCGGCUCUCCUUGGAAGCAGACACUCCCUGAACAGACAAUUGCCUUCAACCUGCGUUCGCAGCGAAGCAUCCUUGACGAGGACUCCGGCGUCCACUGGGUGAACCCGUCACCGCAGAAUCCUGAAGUCAUUGUCGGCGAGGAGGCACUCUACCUAAAGCCGAACAGUGGCUACAACAUUCAUUGGCCGAUGAGGCGGGGUCAGCUGAACUUGCAUUCCGGCGUCGGUGGAUCGAUAUCCUCCGUUGUAACGGACCUGGAGACAAUAUGGACCAGAGCGAUACAGGGAUACCUGGAGAUUCCGCCAAAGGACCUGAAGCAUUACAGGGCUGUGCUCAUCGUUCCGGACGCUUACAACAAGUGGCAUGUUCGCGAGCUCGUUAAUCUCCUGCUAACGAACAUGGGAUUCUCUGCAGUGUUUGUGCAGCAGGAAGCUGUGUGCGCCAUAUUUGGUGCCGGCGUCUGCACCGCGUGCGUUGUUGAUGUCGGUGAUCAGAAGACUGCUGUCACCUGUGUGGAGGACGGUAUCGUCACUCCCAACACUAGGCUAUGCUACUCCUACGGAGGCAGUGACAUCACACUGGCCUUCUAUGAGAUGCUGAGGAAAUACAAGUUUCCCUACAGAGAGUGCGACCCUCGCAGCCGCAUGGACGCCAUGUUCCUGCAGAACCUCAAGGAGCAGUUUUGCCACAUGGACCUAGACAACUGCAAGCUACAGACGCAGGUGUUCAAGGUCAAACAUCCGCAGCAGAAGAUCUGGGAGUACUUCCUGAAGUUGGGCGACGAGUGCGUGAUGGCCCCACUGGGCGUGUUCGCGCCCGAGCUGCUCGGCAUCGUUGCCACGGCGACAGCAGCCGUGCAGAGGCAGGCGCGAUUCUAUGCGGAUGCUCACGACCCGUUUGACGGGGAUUACCUGGAGCAGGUGCAGCGGCGGCGAGGAAUGAAAGACACGGGUGGCGACGCCACCAAGCAGGACGCUGACCCUGCAGACGACCCCUCCAUCAGCCAAUCACAGCUCGAGGAUGACAUUGCCAACGACGACCAGUCAAACCUCGGCUCGGUGACGAGGGAGGCACCGGAGGAGCAGGGAGGAGGGGAGGUUGAGAAGGUAGAGGAGGAGCAGGAGCAGGAGCAGGUGUUGGCCCUGGACCAGGCCAUCGUACGCAGCAUAGAGCGAUGCGACUCGGAGGACUUGAAGCGUAAGAUGCUAAACACGAUUCUCGUCAUCGGAGGCGGUGUGAUGUUCCAGGGCGUGCAGCAGUGGCUGAACUACCGCCUGUCCGCCCUGCUGCCCCCCAAGUACAGGCAGGAGCCGCGAGACAUCAUGACCGAACCCAAGGAGGGAGACCCGCGCACGACGUCGUGGAAGGGAGCCGCCGUGAUGGCGUGUCUCGACACUGCUCAGGAGCUCUGGAUCGGACGCAAGGAGUGGCAGCACUUCGGCUACCGGUUGCUACGUGAACGCGCGUCGUUCCUCAUCGAAUAGUCGCCCGCGUCAUCGCCGACUGUCGAUCCGUUUUGUUCUCCGAAGUUGAGUGUUAAUUUGGUCAUGUUUUAAGUUAAAGCAAAUUUAUCUGGGAAUGUCUUCCUCGUGGAAAUUUAUCGUGCUGUCACUAUUGCGAAUCAUUUGCGUGUAGUAAUGAUAAGUUUGAUCGAUGGAUAGAACAAAACAUGUAUAUACUGUAAAUAAAAGCUAACGCUGCACCUAAGGUAAAUAA